CCUCUCUCCCCGCUGCACAUCCUCCCAUUUGUUUGUUGGGAUCUAUUUUCCUGUUCUUCUAUUCUUUUGAUCUACAUCUUUCUCGUGCCAUACCUUCGAGUCUAUCAAUGGCAUAAUUCGCCGUUGGUGGCUUUUGGUUGUCGGGCGCUAAACACGUGGUACGCCCAUUCUGUUUUGUCGGUUUGGAUAUUCAAACACCUCGCGAGGGGAAAACUGUGGGGCCCUUGGUUCCUUGCUUGUUCCUUCCUUGGACCUCCGUGAGAUCGAUCUGUCAGGAUUCCGUCACAACCUGGUUUGAUAGAGGAAUGUGGUCUCCUAUAGAUCUGUUCGGUCGUCCGGUCUUUCUUUGCUUGGAUUCAAUGGAGAUCCCGCUGCGCUGAUCCGCGCCCCCCAUCAAUUGUGGACAUCACGAGAUAUCAUGGCUUCCGCCGGAAAGUCCGCCCUGGACGAGACCCGUCGUGGGACGGGAUCCCCGAAAAUGAAGACACGAGUAGAGAAUGCGAAAGAUACCCUGUGUCGCAAUGUGACCAUCUAUGGUCGAUGUCGGUUUGAAGACAAAGGAUGUGCCUUCAACCACGACCCGAACAAAUUCAAUCCAGCGUAUCAAGCCGAUAGAAGGCGAUUGAACGUGGAAUCCCCCAGCUUUACACCGUCGCUAUUGUCUUCCAAUGGCUCUUCCUCCCCGACCUUAUCAUCCGCCAGCGUUAAGAAAAUGGCAACGAUAUCCCCGAAAGCGGCGAACGCUGCCCCGUUUCAGCCCCGGGGCAUCCUUUCACGAUCUAACUCCAGCACUCCGAGUGCACGUCAGGAAAAUAUGACACCCGACUGGUCCGUGGCUGAGGUGCAGGAAUUUGUGCCUCAAGGAUUUGAUACUAUGACUACGCUCCCGGGCAAUGGAAAUGGCAAUGUUUCUUCGACUAGCCCAUUUGACCCCUUUGUGACGGCAUCAAACCCCUUAGCCGCGGCAAGUGCCGUUGGUCCUGUCCAGGCGAACCCAUUCUCACCCGAUACGGCUGCCGCAUUAGGCGGGGCGACUUUUUUCGCCGGUCAGUCCGGGUUCCAACAACCAGUCCAAUACCACCUAUACGCCCCUAUCGGACCUCAUAAUCAAAAUACUUUGGGUUAUCAGCGGAACGUCCACGACCUAUUCCUGCCCAACGACUUCCGUGAGGAGCUGCAAAAGAAGGCUGCAGCUACACUCCAAACUCUACCCAAUACCCAACUCCCCGCCCAGGUCGAUUAUUUCCAUUCAUUGGUGCCCUUGGAUUUGAACCACCAGAAGAAUGCAACCGUCUUUGGCUUUCCCAGCUGGGUCUACAAAGCGCAGUCCAGCAAGGACGGCAAUUUCUAUGUCCUUCGCCGUCUGGAAGGAUUCCGGUUGACAAAUGAGAAAGCCAUCCGAUCCGUCCAGGCAUGGAAGCGGGUCUGCAGUGGCAGCGUGGUAACUAUCCACGAUGCUUUCACCAGUCGCAGCUUCCAAGACAGCUCUCUCAUCUUCGUAACGGAUUAUCACCCCCUAUCUAAGACCCUGGCCGAACAGCAUUUGGGUGUCGGGACGCGAUUCCAGGGGCGGCCGAACACACACAUCCCAGAACAAGUGCUGUGGGGCUACAUGACCCAGAUUGCCAACGGAUUAAAGGCCAUUCACAGCAAUGGGCUCGCGGCGCGGAUCAUUGAUCCCAGUAAAAUCCUGCUCACCGGACGCAAUCGCAUCCGCUUGAAUGCAUGUUCCAUCAUGGAUGUGGUGCAGUUUGACGCGCAACGGCCGGUGGCGGACCUGCAGCGGCAGGAUCUAGUCAGCUUCGGACAGCUGAUCGUGACGCUGGGGGCCAACACGCCCAGCGUGAUGCACAACGCGACCAAAGCCAUGGAACAUUUCACGCGAGCGUACAGCCCGCAGUUGAAGAACUCGGUGUUCUGGCUGCUGAGCGGGGUGCAGAAGGAGCAAGAGCGCAACAUCGACAUCUUCAUCACAGGGAUCUCGUCGCAGCUGAUGUCGACGUUUGACUCGGCACUGCACAUGGACGACCAGUUGACGUCGGACCUGAGCCGGGAGCUGGAGAACGCGCGACUGGUGCGACUGAUGACGAAGCUGAACCUGGUGAACGAGCGGCCCGAGUACGAGCACGACCGACAGUGGUCGGAGAACGGCGAGCGGUACUUCCUCAAGCUGUUCCGGGACUACGUUUUCCACCAGGUGGACUCGCAGGGUGACCCUGUUGUCGACCUGGGACACGUGCUGAUGUGUCUGAACAAGCUCGAUGCGGGGACGGACGAGAAGAUGACCCUGAUCAGUCGGGACGAGCAGAGCUGCUUUGUGGUGAGCUACAAGGAGGUCAAGAAGGCGUUGGAGUCGUCAUUCCAAGCGCUACUGAAGACACGGCGGCUACAUUGAGCGGUCGUACCCAAAUUGUGGGACGGUUAUAUAGUUAAGAAACGUCCGAUGGUCCAUCGGACGAGGUCACUGGAGUGAGAUGGACUGAAGAUAGGGUAUACAUGAUAUGACACAUUGCUAGAAUGCAC